CAUCUGAUUUGAUCGUCACUAUAUUCAGACAGGCUGAAUAGUGUUGAGAACACACUAAGGUGGCAGUCUGAAGGUUUAACUUCCUUCAGUCAUCUCACUUUUCACAAUCAAAUGAACGACCUCGCAUGUCACCUGUUUAUAGGAAGUAUAGUCUUCUGUAAAGGACAGCAACUAACGAAACGUUGUGGAACAUUUCUUCUCUGAUCACAAAGGACUUCUAUACCAAUAGCAUAAAUUUAAUGACAGCAGUUGAUUAAAAAAAAUACUCGAUAGACACAGAUGUCAACAAGCGUUUCCUCUGUGUGAGUCAUGCGCCUGGAUUUAUGCAACUAGUGGCAAACGAUAUUUAGGAAACGAUGAAACUAUUAACCACUAUGGGGUAUUCCUUUAAACAUAAAAGGACUUUUCUGUUGAUUCUGCUGUUUGUUGGUACUCAUGGUAACACAGAAACAGAAUGUGAAGCAACUGAUGGGAUGAUAUUAAAAUGCAAGUUUCCGAAAAACAUCGAAUCGACUGAAACCGAUUUUUUAAUUUAUUUUUAUCCUGACGACGGUAAAACAGAGCUCCUCGCUGACUGUUCGUGGAAUAACAAAACGCUUGAAUGCAUCUUACAAGACAGAAUCAAGAUAAAGCAGCCUGUCUCGGACAAAGCUGUGAUCAGCCUUCCUCCAAGACUUGUAAGAAUAGAUGGAACAUACAAAUGCAUUCCUGAUGGCGCUUACUCUGAAAAUUCAAAAGCCUGUCAAUUUCAUCAUGAAAGCCAGAAAGAAGGAGAAGAAAGCCAGGAUAAGAGUGAAAAUGGAGUUCAUCAUCAAAAACCCGUAGAAAGCCUACCAGAAAAACACCACGACCAGAAAGGAGCGGAGACGAGUACUCCCCAGAUUGUCGGCGCUGUUGUGGGAAGUGUAGUCGUCCUCGUCAUGAUGAUCUCGCUCGUUCUUGUGUUGUACUUUAAGUUUUGGAAGAAGAAAUUUUCGACAGAAAUUUUGACAUCAAAAACAGGGAGCUCAUUAGCUCUAAACACAGAGAACCUGGGCGAAUCCACUGAAAACAAAACGACACACACAGUCUCAGACAGCCAACUCUAACGCGGUUCCCAGCCAGGCGUCCUCUGCAGCAGGCGUCCUCCACAGCAGGCGUCCUCCGCAGCAGGCGUCCUCCACAGCAGGCGCCCUCUGCAGCAGGCGUCCUCCACAGCAGGCGUCCUCCACAGCAGGCGCCCUCUGCAGCAGGCGUCCUCCACAGCAGGCGUCCUCCACAGCAGGCGCCCU